AUGGCAAACAACAAACAGGACAAGCAGUCUCGGCGGAACGAAGCCAAGGUCAAGCGACGCAACAAGAGCGCCAACGCCGCGUCCUCGUCAGUCCUGAACAAUGCCAUCCGCAACCAGCAAACCAAGCACGUCGUUGCACCAGGCGUGGCGCCGCCCAAGCUCUCUGCGGCCAAGUCCCUUGCUCGGCAGCAGAUGAAGUUGAAGCAGAAAGAGCUGCGAGCGAACUUGGUAAACCGCAACCGCGGGAACACCCUCCUCCCGUCGAACCUGACCAACACGAAGAUGAGCCUCGAGUCUCUUGUGGGCCAGGCCGCAGACGCGAGCAGCACGUUCGCGGAAGCCGAAGGCGAGCGCCAAGCCAGUGCCGACGCGAACGAGUUCGUCAAGACGAUGGAGCUCAACGACAACUCCCGGAAGGCGUACAUGCGCGAACUCAAAAAGGUCGUAGAGCGGGCCGACGUCAUCCUCGAGAUCUUGGACGCGCGCGACCCGAUGGGAUGCCGCACCGUGGACAUGGAGGACUUGAUGCGUACCAAGGGUAAAAAGGUCGUGCUCGUGCUAAACAAGAUCGACCUCGUGCCUCCGGAGGUGCUGCAGCCGUGGCUAUCCCACCUACGCACGUUCUACCCCACGAUCGCGUUCAAAGCGUCUACCCAAGACCAGAAGAACAUCUCGUCCGGCGGCGGCAAGGGCGAGAAGACCAACGGCAAGGUCAUCGCCGGCAGCCGCGCCGUGGGCACCGAGCCCCUCAUGCAGCUGCUCAAGAACUACUGCCGCAGCAACAACAUCAAAACGUCCAUCACGGUGGGGGUGAUUGGGUACCCGAACGUGGGCAAGUCGAGUGUGAUCAACUCGCUCAAGCGCACCAAGGCCGCGAGCGUGUCCUCCACCGCCGGGCACACCAAAGUCAUCCAGGAGAUCCAUCUGGACAACAAGAUCAAGCUCAUCGACUGCCCCGGCAUCGUUUUCGACUCGACAGACUCGGACGCGCUCAUUUUGCGCAACUGCGUCAACGCCGAAGCGUUCAACGACCCCGUCCCGGCCAUCGAGGUGAUCCUCAAGCGAUGCUCCAAGGCGCAGCUGCAGGCGCUGUACGGAGUCCCUCCCUUUAACGACACGAUCGAGUUCCUUGUCCACCUCGCGCAGAAACAAGGCAAGCUCGCCAAAGGCGGCAUCCCCGACCGCAAGGCCGUGGCGCGCAACAUCCUCCAGGACUGGAACCGCGGCAAGAUCCCGUUCUUCACGCCGCCCCCUGCCGCCAAGGACACGCGGCUGGACGUCGGCGCCACGAUCGUCCAAUCGUUUGGCGACGACUUUGACCUGGCCGCGUUGAACCCGACCGAACACAUGCAAGGCGACGACGACGACGAGGAUGAGGAUGGCAUGGACAUUGGACCCGUGUGCAGCGUGGCCGUGACCCAGCCGCCCAAGGCGGCGUCCGUUUUUGGCGGGAUGGACUCGGAUGAUGAUGACGAGUUCGGCAUGUCGGACGACGACGAGGUCGACGACGCAGCGUCCGUGCAGACGGGCGGCGUGGUCCGGCCCAAGUUCAAGGAGGACGCGCUCAACAUCCCCACGGCCUUCCUCGCACGGCGGAAAGCCAAGGCCAUGCGCAAGCAGAAGCGCAAGGCGUCCGCACACCAGAUGGGCGCCGCCUUGCAAUAAUAGUACGAAUAAUACUAAUAUUAUCCAUUGUCAACGUUCGCCCAAUAGCGUGAGAGCGAUGGACAUGGCGAUCACCAGCACGUUGUCGUGGCCAGGGUGAACUACAAACGAGUACGUGGCCGGCGCGCCGUGACGUCGGGCGGCAGCAGUGCCGGACCCGAGAAAGAAGGUCGCGCGGAGGUCGGUGAGUCCGAAGGCUAGUCCGGGAAGCGCGACUUGCUCGAAUGCGAUAGACGUCUUGUCGCGGGUGGCAGUGAGGACAUGGACGAGCGGCGACUCGGCCACGUCUCGGUGGGUGGUGCAGGUGGGCACUGCUCGAUGGAUGCGGACACCGUCGCCGUCGAGGUGGAUGCUGGCGAGGGGGAAGCCUCCGGACGGAUCGAGGAGGACCAUGCCGCCGUUGUCACUAGGAAGGGGGUGGAGGUAGAAGUACCGUUUUCCACCGGGUCCAACGACAUGUCCAGGUCGGUGGACACGAAAAGCAUAGUUUGGCAAGACAACAUGAUACUCCUAAUGUCGAUUGUGUCAUUAAGUCGAGGAAGGAAGUAAUAUCCUACCAUGUCGUGGCCAUACACGAGAAGCGGUAGCCGCAGGGGAUGGUUGCAGUCGCACGCUUGACGGAGAUGCAGGAGGCGCGACAUCAUGCUCGCAUACUCCCAGUCGUGGCGGUGCAUCUCAUGAACGAUCGCGCGCACGCGGCGGAGCGCCUUAUGUCGGAUCUGAGCUUCUCGCUGCCGCCAAACCUGCAUGAGGAACGUGAUUUCCAAGAGUGUGUCGGCUUCAGGAACCGUCAGUCCAAACGCGUCAUGGAGAAUGGGGUCGGCGAGGAUGCGCGGGCUGUCAAACACGAUCUCGAGUAGCCGAAGGACAAGCUGGGCGGUGUCGCGCCGGCCGACGAGCAGGCGGGCAUAGAUGGGAUGGGGCAGAUGGAGAUGGCCGACAUCGUGCUUCUCGGGAGACGCUUGCAGGCGAUGCAGCAGAGCUCGUGCCAUCUUGAUCGUCAAGUGAAGGUACUUGCGGAACGCGAAUUGCUCGCAAUGGACCAAGAACGUGAAGAUGCCAUCGUCGACGCAGCGGAGGGUGAUGCAGAAGUGGAUGGGUUUGGUCUCCAUGUGAGGGAUAUGGACGGCGGUGGGGACAAACGUCCGCAGCGGCAGUGGUGUGAAGAUCUCCAUGCCGCGGGACAUCAACUGGCAAGCCAUCAUCAUGUCGACGGACAAUCCUUUUUA